UCUUUCAAGAAAAAUCUGUGAAUAUGGUAACCCUGAUGUCAGCUGCAAACAGAGAAGAAGAAGAAAAAGAUACUGCACCGCAUAGUUGGAAAUUCGGCAAACAUAUUCUUUUCCCUUGAACAAAUGUUUAAUUUACUCUAUGAUUACUGCUGCACUGCAUCCAAUUCUUCAAAAAACAAUCUGUUGGUUGAAACUAAAAAAUAAAGCAUUCAUACUGAUGUUUAAUCUUUCACGAUAGCCACGAUUCAAAAUGUCGCGGGUAACCAAAAUCAAGCAUAUCCUGAAAGAGCAAGAGGCGGACGAGUUCGAUGUUCCUAAGGAAAACCAGACGAUUGUGCGAGUGGUGGCCAGUCGUGGUAACAACCUGCACGAAGUGGAAACUGCCGUCGAAGGAGAGGAACGUUUUCUGGUUUCUAUGCCCGUGAAGUACCGCAAAAACGUUUGGAUAAAACGAGGCGACUUUGUACUGAUAGAGCCUAUCGAGGAAGGCAACAAAGUAAAGGCAGAAAUCUGUCGCAUUCUAACCGCAGAUCAUAUGAAGCUUUUUGAGAAGGAAGGCGUCUGGCCAAAACGUUUUACAAAGAAACGCGAACACGAUGAAGAUCUUGACGACGACGGGUUGGUACGGAAUACUAAUCGAAGAGUUGUCGAAAAUGACUGCUACAGCGACGAGUCUACCGGAACGGAAAGCGACGAGGAAGAUUAGAAGUAGAAAACCGAGAUGGUAUUUCUUUUUCAGUUUAAAUAGAAUGAUCUACUGUUGUUUAAUAUGUUAUAAGAAAUAUAUUUCUUGUUCAGAUACCAAGAAA